AAAGGCCAAUAGGAUAGGCUCUGAACCUACCAUUGUGAUUUUUCUGUGAUCAUCAGUUCAGAACUAUUCACUUCAUAGUUCAUUCCUUGGAAGAUCUCAAUGGCUGCCUCAACCUUUGUAAGAAGGCUAGAAGGUAAGGUGGCGCUGAUCACCGGCGGCGCCAGCGGCAUCGGCAAAGCAACGACAAAACUGUUUUCCCGGCACGGAGCCAAGGUGGUGAUAGCGGACAUUCAGAACGAUUUAGGCCGGAAAUUUUGCGGCGAAUUGGAACCCGGUUCAGCCGCCUUUGUCCACUGCGACGUAACGAAGGAAGCUGACGUGGAAAACGCCGUCAACACCGCCGUUACAAAAUUCGGCAAGCUCGACAUCAUGCACAACAACGCCGGAAUCGGAGGAUUAAACAAGCCGAGCAUCCUCGACAGCGACAAAACCGAGUUCGAGCAGGUCGUCAGAACAAACCUCGUGGGCGCUUUCCUAGGAACCAAACACGCCGCGAGAGUGAUGAUCCCGAAGCGGCGCGGGAGCAUAAUCACGACGGGGAGCGGGUGCACCGUCAUCGCCGGCGCGUCGACGCACGCGUACACGAGCUCGAAGCACGCCAUGGUGGGGCUGACGAGGAGCGCGGCGGUGGACCUGGGGCGCUACGGGGUUCGAGUCAACUGCGUGUCGCCGCACCUGGUGGCCACGCCCUUGGCCUGCGGCUUCUAUGACUUCUCCGGCGAGGAGUUGGAGAAGGUGUACUCCGCGUUCGGAGGGGAGCGGCUGACGGCGGAGGAUGUGGCGGAGGCGGCUCUUUUCUUGGCGAGUGAUGAAUCCAGGUAUGUGAAUGGGGAGAAUCUGCUUGUUGAUGGGGGUUUUACCAUUGUCAAUCCCAAUCUAUGUAUAUUCAAGUGAAGUUGUGGUCUUGGACAGGGGACUGUAUUGAUUAUUUGUGCUUGAAACAGAUAGCAUAUUGUAUACUACUCCGUACAAUGUAAUAGAAUAUGUAACCCAAUAGCUGGGAGUGGAGUGAAUUGUAUGUUUGGUUACUCAUACAAUUGUAACAGCAGAAAAUAAAUUUUUAUGCACUCAUCAUUUGGUUAAUGUUUA